AAGGAUGCUGCUGCAUCUCUGGCUGACUUCUGAUCACUUUGGAGCGUUUGACGUUUCAGUGAUGCGCCCACAGAAAAUCAGAGUCUGAGCCGGAGCGUGUGCACGGUGAUUGACACACAGUUUGUGUGUAUGUGGUGAAAGCCAUGGCGAGCGCUCAGCCGGGGGUCCACGCACUCAAACUCCGGCCUCCCUCCAUCUCUCACACACUGAGGAAUGGCAGCAACUUCAUUAAAUGGGACGAGGAUCUGUCCACACUGACACCAGUAACACUGCAUGUGGAUCCACAUGGAUUUUACCUCUACUGGAGUGACCAAAACAAGGACACAGAGCUGUUGGAUCUGACCCUCGUCAAAGAUGUCAGAACAGGAAGAAGCACAAAAACACCCAAGGAGGCCAAGCUGCGGGAGCUGCUGGAUGUGGGAAACCUGGUUGGACGUCUUGAGAACCGCAUGGUUACCGUGGUUACAGCCUCAGACAUUGUAAACGUCAACCAGCUCAACUUCAUCGCAUCACAGGAGGAUGAAGCUAAGGUUUGGUGUGAGGAACUUUUUUGUCUUUCAUCCAACCUGCUGAGCCACAAUCUAAACAGAGACCACAGUCUGCUGAAAGCCUACGUCAAGCUAACGCUUCAGCCCAAUGUAGAAGGACGAAUCCCAGUUAAGAACAUUGUUCGCCUGUUUUCGUCAGAUAGAAAAAGAGUAGAGAAUGCGCUGGAGAACUGCAGACUGCCCUAUGGACGGGGUGACAGCAUCAAGCUUGAGGACUUCUCACUAGAAGUCUACAAAAGCUUUUUGGACAGUCUGUGUCCCCGUCCAGAGCUCAGUAACAUUUAUAAACUGCAUGGAGGGGAAGACGGGAUGUUGUCAGCUGAUCAGAUGACAGAGUUCAUCAACAACAAGCAGAGAGACCCGAGGCUGAACGAGAUCCUGUACCCGCCUCUCCGCCCGGCGCAGACGUACAUGCUGAUGGAGCGGUACCAGCAUGAGAAGGAGCUGCUGAAACAAGGUGUCAUCACUCUCCAAGCGUUCAUCAGUUAUCUGUCCAGUGAGGAGAACGGCGUGAUCCCGCCAGACAAACUGGAUCAGUCUGAAGACAUGAGUUUCCCCCUGUCCCACUAUUUCAUUAACUCAUCACACAACACCUACCUGACAGCGGGGCAGCUGGCAGGGAGCUCGUCUGUGGAGAUGUACCGGCAGGUUCUCCUGGCUGGUUGCCGCUGUGUAGAACUGGACGUGUGGAAAGGGCGAACGGCUGAGGAGGAACCUGUUAUCACACACGGGUUUACCAUGACAUCGGAAAUCUCCUUCAAGGAAGUGAUUGAAGCCAUUGCAGAAUGCGCCUUUAAGACGUCACCUUUUCCUGUCAUCCUGUCGUUUGAAAACCAUGUGGACUCUUUGAAGCAGCAGGCAAAAAUGGCUGAAUAUUGUCGCUCAAUUUUUGGAGAAGCACUUUUAAUCGACCCGCUGGACAAAUAUCCUUUGGAGUCAGGUGUUUCUCUGCCCAGUCCACAAGAGCUGAUGGGCAAAAUUCUCAUCAAGAACAAAAAAUCCCACAAACCCUCCGAUAACACCGACACCAAGAGACUAACGGACCAGCCUGCCAAUCAGAGCAACGAACCUGUGUCUCCUAGCAACAACACAGGAGAUAUGGAGGCUGAGAGCGAGGAAGAGGAUGAUGACGAAGAUGAUGAUGGUAAAAAGAGUUCUGCAGAACGGGAGGCAGUGGCCACAGAGGAAAUGUCGACUCUGGUAAACUACGUCCAGCCAACCAAGUUCAACUCCUUCGAAGCAUCCAAGAAAGCGGCCCGCUGUUACCACAUGUCGUCUUUUGUGGAGACCAAAGCUUUGGAACAUCUCACCAAGUCACCAGUGGAGUUUGUGGAAUAUAAUAAAUCCCAGUUAAGCCGUAUCUACCCAAAAGGAACCAGAGUGGACUCAUCAAACUUCAUGCCUCAACUUUUCUGGAACGCCGGCUGUCAGCUGGUGGCUCUCAACUACCAAACUAUAGAUUUGUCCAUGCAGCUGAACCUCUUCAUGUAUGAGUACAACGGUCGGUGCGGCUAUAGAUUGAAGCCUGAGUUCAUGAGGCGACCCGACAAACACUUUGACCCCUUCACGGAAAACACAGUGGAUGGCAUCGUAGCAAACACCCUGUCUGUGAAGGUGAUUUCAGGCCAGUUCCUGACUGAACGGAGGGUGGGUGUGUAUGUGGAAGUAGAGAUGUUUGGACUUCCUGCAGACACCAGGAGGAAGGCGCUAAAGACUAAAACCUCCCAGAACAGCAACGCCGUCAACCCAGUGUGGGACGAGGAGCCCAUCAUCUUCAAAAAGGUGAUUCUUCCAACUCUUGCUUCUCUCAGAAUUGCUGCCUUCGAGGAAGGAGGGAAGUUUAUUGGUCAUCGGAUUAUUCCAGUGACUGCCAUAAGACCAGGUUAUCGUUAUAUCGGCCUGAGAAAUGAGAAAAACCAACCUCUGAUCCUACCAGUCAUCUUCGUUUACAUCGAGGUCAAAGACUACGUGCCAGACACGUUUGCAGAUGUGAUUGAGGCUCUGUCCAAUCCUAUUCGAUACGUCAACCUCCUGGAGCAGAGGUCCAAGCAGCUGGCGGCUCUGACCCUGGAGGACGGGGAGGAGGACACACAGAUGGAGGAUGAAGCCGACAGGUCUGCAGAGCGCAAGAACGACCUGAAGUCCCCUCCCCUCGAGAAUGGACUCAACCCCGCCUCUGGCCCUGCAGGCCACACCCCCAUCGCCACCACACCCAAAGCUGCCACAGCCAAUCAGCAAGCAGCUGCAACAGAUGCAGUGAAAUCAACUGCAAAGAGUGAAGAUCUGGUUUUAAAUGUCCUGAUAGAAGUCCCAGUGAGCACCAUCGAGAGUCUGCAGCAGUCCAAAGUUUACCAGAAGGAGCAAAGACGUCAGUUUAAGGAGCUGAAGGAGUUGGUGAGGAGGCACCAGAAGAAAAUCUCUGAACUCCUGCGAGAAUUCAACAACAAGCACAAGAAGGCAGCCAGACAGUGCAGCAAGAGCCGGAAUUCGCAGUCAGACAGCGAGAAGGAUGAUGUCCUCCAGCAGCUGAGAGACGAGCAACAGCAGCAGCUUCUGUCUCUGAGACAGGAGCAGUACUACAGUCAGAAAUAUCUUCAGAGAGAACACAUUAAAAUGCUGACAGAACGACUGAGCAGCCUGGCUGAGGAGAAUCACAACGCCCAGAUGAAGAAACUCAAAGAGAUCUGUGACAAGGAGAAAAAAGAGUUGAAGAAACAGAUGGAUCGAAGAAGAACAGAGAAGAUCAACCAGGCAAAGACCAAAGAGAAACAUCUGGCUGAGGAGGAGAAGAUUGAGAUCAAUAAGUCAUAUGUCAAUGAAGUUGUCCAGAAUAUAAAACGGCUGGAGGAGACUCAGGCAAAGCGCUAUGAUCAGCUGGUGGAGCAACACAAUGAACUCCUGCAGGAGAUACAAGACCAAAAACCAAAGCUUCAGGGCAUUGUGGAUGCAGAGUUUCAGGAGAAGUUCCACUGUUUGCCCGGAGAGAUCCAAGCCUUUCUACAGGACAGGAACUCAGAGGUCAGAGGUCACAGCAAGUCUCGCUCACCAACGCCACACGAGACAAUGUCAGAGGAGGACUGAAGGAAGAAGAGAGGGCGGAGAAAUGUGGAGAGGGAAAUCCAUGAGAGAAGCGUGAUGGUUCUGCUGGUUUGGUUUUUACGAUCUGUUGCCCGCUGAACUGUGGCAUGGGAGAGGAGCCGUUGGCGAUUGAGGCCAUUGCUGAAGGGCACCCCAGUAGUGGUAAAAUGAGGGUGAGACGAGUGCUGUUAUUUCUCCUUUCCCACACAUAAUUAUCCAGUCAGAGGAUUGAACCAACAACCCUCCAGUGCAAACCACACUUCUCCAGUAUUUAAGGCCACCACUUACCCACUGAAGACUCGCAACUAAAAAUCUUUGUAAUUCAAUGUCAAA